UUUCGAGAGAAAGUUAUGAAUUAGAAAUAAAAAAAAAAAAAUAAAGAAAGAAAAAAAAAAGAAAUCAAAAAGAAAAAGGAAAAAUCUACAAAAUAUUUGAAACGAAAGAAAGAUCGUAAAGAAUGAUGUCACGCUAUACUCUUGACAAUAUUAAUUUGCAAGAUUUUAACGGCACGCGUAUCACACGAAUACCCCUCUACGUAUUAAUAAUUUAUAAUAUUCAUUGCUCGUGGCUAUGGUAGCUUUAGUGAGAUACGGAGUUCAUUGGGCAUGUAUCUGUUAGUAUUUAUCUUUAACACCAGAUAUACGUAACACGAGCUAUAAUACAAGCGGAAAUUCUCUGACAUCAUGAGACAAACAUUAUUUCAAAUCGCAUUGCUACAAUCGGAAUCAUCGAUACUAUCCUUAAAAUGACGAUGACAUAACAAAAGAAGCUUUUGUUCAAACGAUAAAAAGAUACUCAAAUUGUAAUACGAUAUAAACCGUGUUCUCGUUUUUAGAGAAAGAGGGUGAAAGUUUCGAGCGUGCUUAACGACUAACCUAAUUAUUAUUUUAAUUUUAAUAUACACUACAGUACAUAUAUAUAUAUAUAUAUAUAUAUAUAUAUAUAUAUGUAAGUGCGUAGAUGUAUAUUAAUAAGUUAGUUUAUAAUAUAUAGUUAUUCAUUUGUAAAUAUUUUCAAAGAACUCGAUACUAUUACAGAAGAAUUUUUCUUAGACGUUCGAAUAAAGUCGAUAUUCGUCGUUCGUCCGAUUUACGCGUAAUCUUUUGUUACACAAUAAGAAUAAAUCCCUACGAAUGGAGAACUUAUUCCGUAUUCUUCGAGACUUGAGACUCCGGGAGUACUUUCACUGGGACACUGAAAAGUCGCGCGUGAUGAGAAUCAGCCGAAAUUUUUCGAAUUCAUGGCACACGACCAUGGAAUAUAUUAGUCGAUUUUUUCGCAGGAAGUCGAGAGAAGGUUAUUUUUUUUUCUCAUGUCAUAUAUCUGUAUAUAUAUAUAUAUUUUAUUUUUUCUUGAUUAAAAAAUCACUAAGGUAACAUCCUUUAAGUAUGAAGAUUAAUGAACGUUGAAGACGUAAAAGUUUCGUUCACAAGAGAUUUGAUUUUAUUCUGUCUUAUUAAGUUCAACUUUGUAAUCACUAUUUUUAUGUUUAUCAUCGAUUUACGUCUAACUUUUUUCUUUAUCUUUAUCUUUUUUUUUUGAGGGAGGGGUGGUUCGAGAUUCUCUUUUAAUAUCAGAAAAUUUAUGCGAACACAUAAAAGCUUUAUCUAUCGUUCGUUUGAAAAUAAAAAAAAUUUCGGCAGUUACAUAUAAAAGAACGAAUCUAUACCACAUCGAUAUGUGUAACAUCAUGAAUCCGUAACAGUAUUGCUUAAGUUUCAAUCGAUGAAAGCCAGUAAGAAAGUCUAUUGUAAUUCGUGAAUGGUCGCGACCCGACUGUAUUUAUACAUGUGCAGGUAUGGCUGUAGUUUUAGUCGGUGCGAGUCUGUUCAUAUCCUCAUAAGAAUUAAUUUCCCGACAACUGUCUACCGAUUAAAUGUCGAUAAGCCGAUAAUUACGUUUCUUUGACCUUAAGAAGAGUCAGGAGAUUUCAUAGUGCAGUGUGUCGAGUGUUAGAAAGGAUUAUGCUAUUGUGGAAAAUGCGAUUCUCUUUGGUAACGUGUCUCCUUGUCAUUGGAUUAUCAUCAUUGAUAUAUGCCGGAGAUACGGAAGAAAGUUCUGAUAUUACGAAAUUAGAAGUAGUAGAAUUGAGCGAAGCGGAAACCGAUAGCGAUACAAAGGAAUCAGAUGUUCAAAUAAAAAGAGAUUCUGGAUAUUCGUAUAAUAGACCCAAUACAAGAUCUAGAUUUCAGUCUGAUCAAUCGGGAUAUCGAGGUAGAAUCCUUACAAGAAUUCCAAGUCAAAUAAAUAGGCCAUUUAACAAAUAUGGUCCACCAAAUCAUCAGAAUUUGGGAUUGUCCAAACCCAAUUUACAUGGCCAACAACAUCGUGAUAAAUUUCAAUCUUCUCAAAAUCGUCAUCCGAAUAAUCAACAUUCCAAUAAUUUUCCAAAUCAUGGAAAUCAUUUAUGGGAUCAAGGUAUACCAAGUCCUAUAAGAAAUCUUGAUUUUGCCGAAAUUAGUCCUAUAGCCAGUCAAAACAACGAACCAUUUGGUUCAAAUACAGCUAAUUAUUUGCCACCUAGAAAUCAAAAAUUGCCAGCUUAUUCGCCAGCUGAUAACUUUUCUCCGCAAAAUACAGUAUCAACGUCGCAAAGUCAUGUCGAAGGUCACAAUUCUAAUUUACAAAAUCAAGAUAUCGUUCAAUCGCAAGGAGGUCAGAUAUCCGAUGCUGCUCUAUUUCUAACACAAAACGCACAAGCCUUACAACAAUUGUAUGGUGCUCCGGCGACCAAUCAAGAUUUCGCCCCAAAUACGAACGAUUUCGUCGAUCAAAAUAAUCAGAUUCAAAAUCCAAAUGGUCAAUUUCAACAUUUCGAGAAUAUCUCACCAAAUCCUCAAAUCUUCCGAGGACCAUUACCUGCUUACGCUUCGGGAACAUUGAAUCCUCAAGAGACACUUGAGCACAUCCAAUCAUUAGAAAAAGAUAGAUUGAUCGCGCAGCUGCAACAAGCUUUAGCUCAAUCCCAAGUUCAAUCUCCUAAUACUGAAGGUAGAUACGCUCAAAGUCAUGGCAAUUAUCCUCAGAAUCAGGAUCUCUUGGCUUCCAUUAGUACGGAAUUUCCACCGUUAGGAACAACUACCGGUCCAAUCAAAUUUCCUUUAGGUUAUGGUUUGACAACAACGACGACUCAAUCACCGGGUACCAGCACGACAACGACAAUCGCAACUUCAACCGGACGUCCUAUUCAGGCUAACAAAGGCGAUGGUACAACGCAGAUUGGUGUAAACGUGCCUGUUCCUGCUCAACCUGGAACUGCGGUCGUAAAUCCCAUAGGAUUCCCAUUGUACGGCGGGUUCGUACCAACCUUCGUAGCAAAUGUCCCUAGCUAUGGAGUUUAUGCUCCAGGCACAGUGACACCGAUACAAUCGUCAGGAUCAUCGUCUACUCACUUUGGAAUACCUAUUCCAACAGAUCAAGGAAAUAAAGGAAUUCAACCUCAGACACCUCAGCUACCUCCAAAGAUACCACCACCGUCAGCUAAUCAACCUGGAGUUGUCAGUUCAACGCCCGUUCAACAACCUGCACAUCCAAUUUCUCCUUUGCAUCCUGUUGCUACACCCAUUCAUCCUGUCCUUCCAGCAACUCCAACACACAUUCAACCAUCGAUAGGUACUAUACCAAAUCAACAUCCCACCUAUGGCCUACAAACGCCUCUUAUCAAUCCUUUGAUAUAUAAACCGAUAAAGUCUGUCUAUCCUGUCUAUUAUUAUUCAAAUGUAGCUUAUCAAUUACAAAAACCAACAUUGCCAACCUAUCCGUGGAGUUAUGCACCCUCAUACGUUUCUACAAAACCUGCUCAAAUAUGGAAAUGAAAUGAUGCUAUAUAUCUUGAACGAUACGCGACUCGUUCUCCCACGUUGUCGUGACUUGUUCACUCUCACGAAUACGAAAGAAAGGAAGAAAGGAAGAAUGAAUGAAUGAAAGAAAAAAAAAAAAAAGGAAUGAAAGAUUGAUAGAAUGGAAGAAAGAAAGUCGGUAAGAGUUUGGAAAAGACUUCGAGUACAUUUCUCGUUAAUGAAAAGAAGUAAAGAGAUAAGAUGAACGAAUGGAACUAUAGUUAAUUAAUUAUUAAGUAGAACAUCGAUGAGAGAGCUUCUUCAAUGACAUUGUUAUCGAUGACAGCUCGUAGUAUCGAAAUACGAUACGCUUUCCUCCGUACUCUCGAACGACGUUCGUGUUCCUUCUCUUAUAACUCUUAUGAUAUUUUUUAACGUUCGAGGCCAUGUACAUACAUACAUAUAUACAUACAUACAUACAUACAUACAUACAUACAUACA